AUGUCACAAGCUGCAGACAUGAUUAAUGUGGCCUUCCUGACUGACUCGGAGCGGGAGCUGAUCCUGGAGGUGCUGCGGAGGGACGAGGAACUGAGGCAGGCUGAGGAGCACCGUGUCCGGAAGCUGAAGACGGAGCUGCUGGACAUUAAGAGGAAGGGCGCCAAGCGUAGCAGUGGGAAGUACAGUGAGCGCAGCUGCGGCCGCUGCCAGGAACUACUUGGUCCACUAUCUGCCGGCUCCAGCCAGUGUAGGGCAUGUAAACACCAAGUGUGCCACAACUGUCGCGCAGUGUGCCCCAAUGGAUCCUGGGUGUGCAGUGUGUGUGCUAAAGAGGCUGAUCUAAAGAAGUGCACUGGAGACUGGUUCUAUGACCAGCGAGUCAACCGCUUCUUCACCACCCCUGGACACGACAUAGUGAGGACUUCCCUCAAAAAGAGGCCCCCAUUGAGGAAGAGGGAGAACAUGGGAGCGCUCCUGUUGAAGAGUACAGAGUUGAACCCCAGCCAGCCCGUCUCCCCUGUUCCCCGACCCAGACUGAGGGACCUAGCAGCCUCCAACAAGGAGUGAGAGCAACAGCAGCACAGGGACAAUGAGCCUGCAGAGAAAGCCAGCCUGAACAGUGUCAUGACAGAGACUGAGUCCUCUCUUGGGACUCCUCUCUUGCCAAGGAAGGAGGAGAGCACAGGUCAGUCUAGUCCAACAGGGUCCAGUAUGAAUGUUCUAGUCAAAGCAGACCUCGUCAGUAGCCACAGCUCCACCUCAGAUGCAGACACGUCCUCCGUAGUAAAUAGUCGUAGUGUUAGUCCCUGCACGGGGUCUGUCGCAUUGGAAGAUGGCGGCCUGUUCAAGAAGAGCGUCAGACGAGUUCAGAAACCCUCCGAAUUCACGUCUGUGCUGGACCUGCGUGAGGAGGGGGCUGAAGCAUCAGAGGGCUUUAUGGGUGACCGGAGCAAGUCGGUGCCUGGGCUCAAUGUGCCAGAUGAUGAGGAGGAUGAAGACAUUGAUAACUUGGUGAGCAUCCAUAGAAAGAAGGUGUGCUCAAGUACCUCAAAUCUUCGCGGCUCCAAGAGCACACUGGGCAGUCUGAUGAGUAUUUACAGUGAGGCAGGAGAUUAUGACAGCGUGGAGGUGAGCGGGGACAUCGUGUUCUCUAUCAGCUACGAUGACACCACCCAGAGCCUGGCCGUCCUCGUCAAGGAGUGUCACUCGCUGGCCCACGGGGACGCCAGACGCCAGCGCUCAAACCCGUAUGUCAAGUGCUACCUUCUCCCUGACAAGUCUCGCAUUGGCAAGAAAAAAACCAGCAUUAAACAUAACACAGUGGACCCCACUUACAAUGAGACCCUAAAGUUUUCCAUCAGUCGCUCCCAGGUGCUCAAUCGUUCCCUCCAGCUCUCCGUCUGGCACCAUGCCCGCUUGGGCCGUAAUGCCCUCCUUGGAGAGGUGGAGGUGCCUCUGGACUGCAGGAACCUCGACGCAGGCCACGAGGAGUGUGUGGCGUUCGUGGGAAAAGCGUCACCACUGCAGUCCUCUGCCUUCUCUCAGUACAAAGGAGAACUGUUGAUUUCCCUGAAGUACGUCUCGACCAAGAAUUCACCCACUGAAAAGACCAAAGGUAGGAGCAAGAAGACAAAGACGGAGCAGGGAGGGGAGUUACACGUCUUGAUCAAAGAGGCCAAGAACCUGACGGCAAUGAAAGCAGGGGGCACGUCGGAUUCCUUUGUGAAAGGGUACUUGUUGCCAUCGAAGGCCAAGUCCACUAAGAGGAAGACUCCGGUGGUGAAGAAAACUCUGAAUCCCCACUACGACCACACAUUUGUGUACAAAGACCUGACCCUAGACCAGCUAAGUGAGAUGUGGCUAGAGCUGACAGUGUGGGACCGGGAGGCCAUGUCCAGUAAUGACUUCCUGGGUGGGGUUCGACUCAGCACAGGCACAGCCACACUGGAGGUUGGGAAGGAGGAAGUGGAGGCGGAUUCUACAGGGGAGGAGGUGACUCUGUGGCAGAAGAUGAUGCAAUACCCUGACUCGUGUGCAGAGGGCACUCUUCCAUUACGCUCCUCUAUGGGCAAGAGCAAGUGAAGACGCCACACUCUACCUCGUAACCUGAAAGAAGAGCUAUGGACACAGGGCAAUCCCUCAACUUUUUAUCACCAUCAUUCUGUAACAAAAAAAAGAGACUGUCAUAUAUACAGCUGUGUCUAACCUCAGGCACCAUUACGACACAUUGGCCUAAAACAAGUGAUUUGAAAGCAUAGUGUAAAUUCACCUGAUGGCUUCAGGUUUUUGAUAGAAGAGGUAUCAUUUCAUAUUUUUAAAUGUAAGGUUGUCUAACUAUACAAAUACUUUUUGAGAUCAAUCGACACUAACCAAAGUUUUGAUCAAAUUUAACAACUCCUGUUUAAUUUACAUUUUAUCAUGUAUUUAUUGAAGCUGAAUUCUAUCCAUGUUCAGCAAACCACUCAAUUAACUGUGGUGCUUCA